UGAUUAUCCCCUCCCAGCCCUAUCCCGGCGCUGCGGCGCGGGUGGGAGGGGAGGCGGCCGCCGCUGCGGGCGUCCCUCUGCGCUCCUCCCCGCUCGCAGCUCGGCGAACCCGGCGCCGCCGGCGAGGUCCCACCGAGGCGGGGGGAGCGCGCUGCGGCCGGGCGGCCCCGGGGCGCGACAUGCCGGCGGCGGCGGCGGUGCGGGGCGGGCGGGCGGGCGGCGGGGACGCGGCGGGUCCCCGCUGAGCGCCGGGCGCGGCCGGAGCAGCCGGAGCGGAGCGGAGCGGAGCGGUGCAGAGCGGCUCUGCGGAGCGGAGCGGGGCGGCUGCAGCGGCUCUGCGGAGCGGAGCGGAGCGGAGCGGGGCGGCUGCAGCGGCUCUGCGGAUCGGCGCCGCCGCCGCCCGCCCCCGCGGCAGGAAGCGGCCGCGCUGCGCAGCCGAUGCUCCGCGCUUAGCCGCCUCCGCCCGCCGCCUCGGGCCCCCCCGCCGCCCGGCGCCGGCCCCAUGGCGUUCAGCGCCUGGCAGAUCCUCUCGCCGGUGCAGUGGGCCAAGUGGACGUGGUCCGCGGUGCGCGGCGGGGCCGCUGCUGGCGGUGAGGAUGGUGGGGGAGAGCGCGAAGGAGAGGACGACUUGCAGGCAGAGACCAAAUCCCUGGGCUUCAGCUCGGACUCCGAAGGUAAUUUUGAGACCCCCGAAGCAGAAACACCGAUCCGCUCGCCGCUAAAGGAGCCCUCCGAGCCGUCGCCGGGGCCGCGAGAGCCGGAGGCCGGGACCCAAGAGCCGAGCGGCCACGACGACCCGCGGGUAGAGGCCGGCUGCCGGGAGCCCUCGCGCAAGCAGCGCUCCGAAGAUGAGGCUCGGCUGCUGCGCGGAGCCCCCGGAGGCAGCGCGGAUGCCGCGGCGGAGAGAGGCCCUGAGGGCGGCGAGGAGCCGGCCCUGACGCGGCCCCCGGCCGGGUCCGCGGCUCCCGAGGGUGCCGGCGGGGCGGCCAAUGUGCCUGGAGCCGCCCGGGAGUGGGUCAUGUCGGCGGAGGGCCCCGCGGAUGCCUUCGGCCGGAGCAAGCCCGGGAGAGGGGAGCCGCCGGCCCUCGGGAUGGGGACGGAUGGGAGCCCCGCGCCGGGCGCGGAGAGCCCGCUCCCCGGGGCCGCCCCCGGCUUCGCCGCCGAGACGCGCGACGACGGCACCAGCCCCUCUGCUCCGGGCGGUCCCGGCGGGCAGCUGGAGCCCGGUUCCCCGGAGGGGGCCGGGAGCGCUGAGGCCAGGAGGGCCGCGCCGAGGAGGGGCAGCCGGAUCCCGGCCAGCAAGCUGACGCCCAAAAGGCAGAGAGAGCCGGCGAAGAAACCCGCCGAGGAGGCGGAGAGGGGCUCCGCCGGGAUGGAUCCCAGCCGGUGGGACGACCCGGAUUUCGACCCCUUCGGCGGCGGCUCCGCGCUGCAGAACUCGCCGACGCUCCCCAAGGCUUCCUACCGCUUCGACCCCGACCGCCUGGAGCCCGGGGACCCCUUCCAGCCCACCAAGACCCUCGCCGGCACCGCCACCGACUGCUGCCCCUCCGCCGAGAACAGCCUCAACGAGAUCCUGGAGUCCCGGACGCUGGAGGCGCAGGACGAGCUGGGGAAGGGCCAAGGCUCCCCGAGGAAGCCCAGGUCGCGGCUGAUAACGACCACUGAACAAGUGAAAUUUCUCUGUUUUCUGUUGAGCGGCUGCAAGGCGAAGCGGUACGAGGCGCAGGCCCUGGUCCUGGACGUCGGCGCCCAGGAUGGAGGAGCGCUGAUCCCGGAGACCCCCGACAUCGCCAAGCGGGACGGACACGCCACCGACGAGGAGAAGCUGGCCUCCACCACCUCGGCGCAGAAAGCGGCCGGGCCGGAGAGGAAGGGGGAGCCGGAGGACGACCUGGAGUACUUCGAGUGCUCCAACGUGCCCGUGCCCGCGGCGCGGCCCGGCGCCGAGGCAGGCUUUGAGAAGGAGAGCUCCAAGCAGCAGGAGAAGGACGGCCCUGGCCUCUGCCCCAGCAACCCUGCGCUGUGCUCCGUGGAGAAAGCCCCCGUGCCCGGCGCCAGCGUGGGCGGGAGCGAAAGUCCCCUGGACGGCAUUUGCCUGAGUGAAUCGGAGAAGGCGGCGGUGCUCACGCUCAUCAGGGAGGAGAUCAUCACCAAGGAGAUAGAAGCAAACGAGUGGAAGAAGAAAUACGAGGAGAGCCGGCAGGAGGUCCUGGAGAUGAGGAAGAUCGUGGCCGAGUACGAGAAGACUAUUGCCCAGAUGAUAGAGGACGAGCAGAGGACGAACAUGACGUCUCAGAAGAACCUCCAGCAGCUCACGAUGGAGAAGGACCAGGCCCUGGCAGACCUAAACUCUGUGGAGAGGUCCCUGUCGGACCUCUUUAGGAGAUACGAAAACCUGAAGGGCGUCCUGGAAGGCUUUAAGAAGAAUGAAGAAGCUUUGAAAAAGUGUGCUCAAGAUUACUUAGCCCGGGUCAAGCAAGAAGAGCAGCGGUAUCAGGCCCUGAAAGUCCAUGCAGAAGAAAAGUUAGACAAAGCCAACGAGGAGAUCGCCCAGGUGCGCACAAAGGCGAAAGCCGAGAGCGCGGCGCUGCACGCCGGCCUCCGCAAAGAGCAGAUGAAGGUGGAGUCCCUGGAAAGAGCCCUCCAGCAGAAGAACCAGGAGAUUGAGGAGCUGACCAAGAUCUGCGAUGAGCUGAUAGCGAAGCUGGGAAGGACAGACUGAGCGUCACCACCCUCGUCCAGCACUGUGCACUUGGCCGCUUUUCUCGUACCUUCCAGCACCUUGCCUUAUUACCCCGGAUACCCCCAGCAGAGAAGCACACGCGUGCGGCUGCCUCCCGCUUGGCUGCCAGACUCGCAGCCUCACCUGCAGCACCGGUCCCCGCAAUGUCCCAGUCGCCGGUUCCUUCCCAGGCUUGAGGGCCCUGACGGGCGCCAGGGCUUGGCUCGGUUCUCCGCGGCCGGGCUGGACGGGUGCACUGCCCUCGGGGCCGGCCGGCCGCGCGGUCCCUCUGCGCCCUUCCCAGCAGCGCGGCGGCUUCCAGGGCUCCGGCACCCGGGCGCGGGCUCUAGCUGGGCUCGCAUGAGGUCUGCCACUGAUUUCUCGCUAGAUGGAUUUGACGUGCGGUAGGUCCUGCCCCGCGAUGCCGGGUCUGGCACAGGCCGGGCGGUGCACGGGUGAAGUGGCCUGGCGGUAGACGGGUUUUGGGGAGGGGGUGGUUUUCACGGGGAUGACCCACGCCUCCCGCACACCGGUGAAACACGGCACAGCACAUCCUGGUCCCUGGCCUCUGGGGAGGGAAGCUCACGUCUCUCUGCGUUCGUGCACUUUAUUAGCAUUGCACUCGGGCUCUCCGCUUUCCAGUCCGGCACGGUCCUCCUGCACCUCCCAUUGCCACGGGAGCACAGAGACGGCCGCUCGGCCCUGGUCACUUCAAGCCUUCUCAAAGAGAGCGCGGCCGAGUGCUGGAGCUGUCUGCAGACGGGGGUGGUUUGCUCAGAGAAAUGGGGAAGAUCUUGGUUCUGGCGAGCUGGGACCCAUCCUCCCUCCCUGCAGCAGUUCUGCUGCUCACCCCGGCACUUCCUGGUGGUUAUUCGUGUGGGUUUCUAGUCUGCUUCAAAACAUGCAGAGCCAAGGCCCUGCUCUUGGGCGCACGAGCUGCAGGGAGGUGAGUCCCCCCCCCCCGUAGCUGCUGCAGAAGGAAGGAAGUGAACCCUAAACUUCUUCAUGAUUCUGCUGACCUAAAGAUCUUUCCUCCUAACCAGUGCGGAAAGGCAAUGAAGCGCAGUAAUGCUCUGGGUCUUGCGCUGCUGUCAGAAGUGCCCAUGCAGCACUGAAUACUAAGAGAAACAAACAAAAACCAGCUUUAACAAGCAAGGGCAGAUCCAGGCAGCCAUAAAAUAAACCUUGAAAUCUGGAUGCAAAACAAAAUCCGAAUUUCCAUGCAGGCUGCAUUUCAGAGGCGUUCGCCUCUGGCCGCGCCAGGCUCGAGCAGAAUUGCUGCGGUUGCCCUCGUGCUGCCGUGGGGCCGGCGGGGCUCUGCGGGGGGACGUGUGUUGAAGGCACGCGUGGAGCCGGCGCCUGCCCGCCUGGCGAUGCCCUUGCGUGAGCCCUGGCUGCCCCGGGGCUCGGCCGCUCGCGCCCCUCGCCCGGCUGGAACGGUGCUCUGCAAGGCUUCCCCUCGGGGUCGGCGCAAAGCAGGCGUGUCCUCCAGAAAGCGGGUAGAUUGGGCGAGGCAGUAGCUGCAGUGGCAGAGGAUUCUCUGUUCCCACCUUGAAUGGAUAGUGACAAAGUGUCCAAUAAGGGAAAUAUUUGCUGUUUUGACUGUUUCCUACCCAGCCUAGCUACAACUUUAGCAAACCUUUUUGCUGCUGUCUUUUUGUAACAGAAUCAAGUUGUUUUCCCUCUAUUUUCUAGUUCCCUGUGUUGAGCAUGCAGUGCAAACAUCUGUUUAAAUCAGAGCCAUAUACCAGAUAGAUAUUUUAUUAGUUAUAUUAUGUAUAGAGAGACUUUAUUAUACACCUAGGCAGCAAAGAUAGAUGAUGGCAGCCUGCCCUGGCACGCGACAGGCCGGGGGUGCGUGGUCCCGCUCCCCGUCAGCGCGGCGGAGGGGCUGUUAGCGGUGCAGAGGCCGUUCGGAGGGGUGGACCUGCUGCUUUCUGCUGAGCAGUCAGCUCCUUGCACAGCUGACAGACAAGAAAAACCUCUUUUCUCUUCUUCCUCCCUGCACAUCCCUAUAAUACACUGGUAGAAAAACCUCUAUGAGAUGAUCUGCGAAGGCAGUUUCUGUCCGGGGAGUCAGUGUGCCAACCACAGCCCGCUGGAGCGUGACUCCUCCACUCCAUUUCACCAGCAUUUGGGACUUCUCGGCUAGCAUCAUUUUCUUCUUUUCUUAUUCUCACGUGUGUCCUUGGGGAUUUGGGUUCGUCCAUUUGCAUCUUGUUCAGAGAUUGGAAGGAGAGCAGAAUUGCACAAUUUUGGGGGUUUGUAAAAAGUUAACUUGGGGUGGUUUCCAGUUUGGGAAGUUUUGAUUUCACCACUCAGCAGCUACCCAGAACCGUAGCUUGCCUGCUAUGAAGUAGAUCCUGCAGUCUUGCCUCUGCUGCAAGAGGAGCGGCGCGAGAGGCAAGGCUGGCUGUGGAGAGCUGCUCCCACGGCAGUCAUCUGCGCUGGCAGCAUCUUCCCCCUUCCCCUGCUCCCCGGUGUCUUGCGGUUGCACUUUCACUGCCUCUGUCGUCCCCGCGCUGCGCCGUUCCCGGGCCUGUCAGCAUGCACUUACGAUCUGGGCAAAGAAGAUUCCUAAGGAAUGAUUUAUUAACUAUACUAUGGUUAUAGUUACAUAUCUAUAAAUAGAUAUAUAAUGGUUCCAGUUACACAAAAUAGGAGGCGUGUGUGUAACUGUAAGUGGGCAGGACUGCUGCCGCUCGCGUGCGGAGCCGGGCGCCGAGCUGCGGCGAGGCCGGCUCGGGUCCUGCAGCUCCUUCGCUGCGAGGCUGCAAGGGCACGGUGCCGUCCUUCGCUAAUCAACAGCGUUUGCAGCAGAGUGUGAGCGUCCCUGCUGCUCCCAGGUCGAGGAGCCGAUCGCGGUCGUGCUGCAGAGUGAUUUCCUCGAGCGUCUGGGGAGCACGAUGGUGUUCACGUGCUGCCCGUGUUCAAGCCAAGAAGCGUCACCGGUGCAGGGCAGCUUUGCGGAUACCCACACGCUGAGGGCCGAGCGUGGCUGUGUUCGUCUCCUCUGUCUUUCUCUUGCAGUAGAAUUUCAGUAGCCGUUUCUGACAGUCGAGGGUGCCUGCCUGUAAAACCGUUAAUGUUGCCGUUUGCAAGUGUGCAUUUGCCCGCAGAGCUCUUGUCCCCAAUGAAGUGCCAAUGAGUGACCGUCCUCACUGCAAAUCCGCUCCCACCCCGUCCUCCGGAGCACCCGCCCGCGUCGAGGCAGGAGGACCUCGUCUUUGCAUUGACUACUACCAGGAUUGCUUUGUACAAUGUAUGUAACUGCCAUCGACAUAAAUUUUAUAUGUACAAUAAUUUCCCUUUUAUAUGUCAGGUAAAUAUUUGUAAGAGUUAUACUCACACAAAUGAGAUUAUUAUAAUGAUUACUAAUAUAUUUUUUCCAUGUUUCAUUGCCUGAAUAAAAACUGUGUUUACCACUCUCGAAA